AUGGAUUCUCUUGAAAUAUACAACAAAGAAGUGAUACCUACUCAACUUAUUGGUACAUACUGUGGGACAAGAUUCCCCAAUAUUAUUAGAUCCACUGAUAGAACUAUGCUGCUCAAUAUGCACACAUAUUAUCACUAUCACUCUCGCUUUACAAGAAAAGGAUUUCGAGGUCAAUAUUAUACACAUCGUAAGUCAUUAAAAAAAUUUUUUUUAUUACCCAUUAAAAAUGCCAAGUCAUCAGAAUAACUUCAUUAAAGACAUUUUUGUUUUAUCCUUUAUCUAAUGCUGUCUAGUAUAAAAUAUUUGAGUAAGUUAUAUUGGCACUGGCAAAUUACAGAAUGUAGUGUAAUGUUCUGGUGUUGUGAUUAAUUUAGUCUUGAGAAAUUAAUAGUACAAACUCACUAGGCUUAUUUUUUUUUAUGUCUCAUUUUAAGGCAAACUUUUGUAGAUAAUAGCAAGAUUCAAGAGGUAAAAGAGGCAUGGGAGCCAUUAAUGCUGAAAGCGCCGGGAGGGGGGAGUGACCCAAAUCAUAGGGAAUUUAUUAUUUCCCCAGAAAAGUGAAACAACCUCCUGUAGUAGAGACAUACGCAAUUGAAAAUUUCAAUUACACUUUUUUCUUCUUUUUUUGUUUUUAGGAUUAUUUUUAUGAUAGAAAUUUUUUUUAAAGGGAGCACAAGCUUUUCACAAUGGAGGUGUUGGCUGAUUAGACAUUCUCUUCCAACCACUGUUUUAAAGGAUUAAAAUAUGUAGUGCUAUAUAUUUCUUUAUUCCUUAAAUUAUAAAGAAGUUAAUAAGCCAAUCGGAUAGAAAAUGAAAAAAAAACGAAAAGACUACAUUGUGUUGUCACUAGGCUAAAUAUUACCACAGCGGUAUCAAGUGAGCUAUCUAUGAAAACACAAAGCAUUAGUUUGCUGAUAACCGCAAAACAAUGUGGUAUUUUUUAUAGCUUUAAAAGACCUAAUAAGAAAUAAUGGAUUUAACAAAUUGUUUGGUGACAGUUGGGUCUAUUAGAGGCUGUCAGGAAAAUUAUUUUAGAAUUUAUGCAUAAAUGUAAGCACAUACUGGGGACGACCCCCCCCACCCCCACCCCGCCCCGCCCAACACUAUCAUUUGCUUCCAUCACUUCUCUUCCCUUUUCCUAACACUGCUUGCGGUAGUUUUAAACCAAAAUAUGUUAACUGAAAAUAAAAUCAGACCUGCAGCCCACCAUGUCAAAUGUUGUGGCCAGCCUAUCACAAAUGAAUUUAUUUCUUCAUUCAAAAAGCAAUUAUUUUUUAAUUUGUGACAUAAAAGCCCAUUUUAUAUAUAUAAAUAUAUACACAUCAGUUUUGUGGAUGGUGUAAAACACCCCCCCCCCCCCUUUUUUUUUUUCCAUUUUGGGCUGAUGUCUUGAAAAUAGAUUGAAAUAAGUAAUAAAUUAUACAAUUUUUUUACUAUUUAUUAACUACAAAAAUAAAAAGGACUUAUGUAAACAAACCUAGUUAAGGGGAACCUAAAGUUAAUCUGUUUUUAUCAUCAUUGCUUGUAGUUAAUUGCAGAUGAUCUUUUAUUUCAUAAUAGCUUGUCCAGCAUUUAAAUAUGGAAUUACCUGUCAGUUCUCAUGUACCUGCGACCAAACAAAAACUGAGUUUUGUGACAACAUCAAUGGGAUCUGUGUUUGUAAGGCUGGGUGGAUGGGCAGUGACUGCUCAGAUGACGUCAACGAGUGCAGGUUUCCUAAAUGUGCUGUCAACGAGGUGUGUCAGAACUUACCUGGCUCAUUCAACUGCAGCUGUAAAAAUGGAUUUGCCAAAAAUGCCAAUGGACUGUGUGUUAGUAAGUUAAAAGAUUUUAUAAAGCUGACAUAUUACAAAUUUAGAUCUCAUUUACGCAAAUAAUAAAAUGUAAUGCACAAUAGCUGAGCAUAGGUGUAAGGAAUACAUUAAAGAGGUUACUUUAAAAUUUUGACAUAAUCUUAAAUGUUAGAAUUUAUGAUUUUUAUCAUUCUAUAAAUAUGACUAUGUCUUAAAUUGCAUAAUCAUUAACUAUUACUCUCCUUCUCAUAUUAAAAUUCGUAAACAUCCACCAUGAAAAAUUGCAUUGUCUUUUAGCCUAACUAAUUUUAUAUUACAUUAUUCCUAAAGAAAACAAGAUAUCAGUUGUUUUUUUAAAGAGGUUUCAAUGAUUCAUUCACAUUAAAGUCUUUCUUGGUUUUAAAUGCAUAUCUGAUGUGGUUUCAUUAACUCAUUAACUGACAUUAUCUCAUUAAUGUGGAAACAAGUAUUUUUGUCCCACAUCCCACUUAUGAAUGUAAGUAUGUAAGUGUACCACAAAAAAAACUAAACCAUUUUCUUCAGUGCCAUACAUUACCCUCUUCCUCUCUUUUACUUUCUACAAAUUACAAUACAAAUUACAACUGAGUUAAUAUACUGUAUAUUUUGUUUUUUUUGGUUGUUUUUUUGUAACUUCAACUUCCCUUCAACAAAUUGGCAUCACAAAAAAACCAAGCAAAUCCAUGACCACCCCAAGCUUUGUUCACAAUGAAGUUUGAAAGCUUCACUAGCUAUAAAUUAGCAUAUUAUCUUCUUUAUAUACAAAAAUAUCUGUCUGUUAUACAGAUGUAAGAGCCAGCUGCACCAGUAAGAUCAAGACAGUGUGUUCCCAUUCUUGCUAUUAUGACAGCGUCACUGGGGCUGAUACUUGCAGUUGUCCUGAUGGCUUGGAGUUGGGAACUACAGAUAAAACAAAAUACAUGUGUGUCGGUAAGUACUGAUUAGAUCAUAAAUAUUUAGCUUUUAUCUAUGUUUGUUGUUUUGAAUUUUAAGUAUUUUUUUUAUUUAUUUUUACAGUCUGAAAUUUUUCACCAAAGAAAAAUCUGAAUUUAAUGAAGCGUAAAUCAGCUUAGAAAACGGAAAUUUUUGAAAAGGAAGCAAACAUUUUUAUCUCAAGCCAACCAAGUUAGCUUCUGGAUUUUGAUUUUGUAGGUUGAGGUUUUUAAUCCCCUAGAAAACGUGCUUUCCUUGGCUAAUGAGUUUAUUCCUACCUUCCAUUAACCUCUAGCUGGGGGAAGCUCCAUAUUAAUUCACAUCCGUUAAUUCUUUGAUAACCAUUGCACCCCAUUUUUAAUUUCUUUUUACCUCAGUUCCUUACUACCCUUAUGGUCAGUCUGUGGGUGAUUUCAACUUGACAACACUCAAUGUGAAAGUCGGGAACUCAUACAGGAAUGCCAAUCCCAUUGUAUUUACUUCACCAACUCCAUUUGGGGAAACUUUGAAAACAGAGGCUUACGUAAGUUAAACAACACAUUUCUCAUAGAUUGAAAUAAGGGAUUUGAAUGAUAUAAUUAAAAUGGGGAAAAUGUAUGAUAGAUGCUAAUUUGGCAACUUAAGUAUGCACCCUCAAAUAUAAAUGAAUCUUUUUUUUAAAAAAAGAUUGAAUGUUUAACUAAAUUAUCAUACGUCUUUCAGGUUUUUAGCAAUGGCCUGAUUGGCUUUGAUAAAAUUGAGGUGAGUGAGGAACCUGACCUACAAG